AUGCCUAUCCUGGCAACCUGGUUCGCGCCACCGUCGUUCAUCGCUGAACUGCCACUGAUACCUACGCCUCUGGGGGGGUCUCUGCUAGUCCCGCACCAGAAUGUGAUAUGUGCCAUGUUCUGCACUGUUCAAAGGAACAUCAGCUUGACGCAGCCAAACUUCAACCUCCAUCAACAACACAUCGACUUCGAGUCCAACCCCAACCAACCAAACCCCCACCACACCUUUUCGAAUCCAAAUCCCACGAACCAGAACCACAGUCAACCAACCAAGUUCGCCAUCACAUCUCGCCAACAUGGUCUGCUCAAACCACUGCCAGGUCGACAAGACCGCUUUCCGAAACCAACAGAAGCCAUCGUCGUCCUCCAAGAGCGGCUCGAAACAGGCAUUCGCUGCCCUACGUGCCAUGCCUCAGGUAAAGAGGUGUGGGUACUACCCGGAAAAGAGUGCGGCUACUGCGGCACCCCCUGCGGCUAA